GAUAUAUAUAUAAUUAUGAUACACGGCAAAAUUUGUUGGCAAAUUUCUGUUGCAUGCCGAAUGCCGAUCAUAGUUAUCUUUACCAUAAUUUUCAUGCUUGUGCUUAAGAGGAUGUCGCGCUACUGCUGUAUACUGGCAGGAAUAUCUGCUCUUCUGGCUGCGACUGAGGGACAACAGCAAUCGACAUGUGCAACAUUCAAAGGUUGCGGCAUUCCCGUCGUCGUCAACACCGUGAACAAUCCCGAUCCCCUGAAGUUCGCCGGGACUUGGUACACGUACCGGCAAACCGGCGCUUACACCGUUAAUCCAAUCUUCAAGCAUGUGACGAUGAAAACGCGCACCGCACUUCCAUACAGCAAUACGCCGGCAGUGGCAUUAUAUCUUCAAAUAGCACAGUAUAGCAGCGCCAGUGAUACUCAGUGCGUUCACCGCUUCUUUGUCGGUAUGUGUGUCGUAAGCGGACAGUGCCCUGGAAAAAUGUAUUCAUCCGUGGAUGGCUACAUCCCUUCUGCCGUCGAUUUCAGCCUGCUGUACGGGGACCCUGAUGAUUUCUAUGUUGUGUACGUAUGCGAUAAGCCCAACCACAAGACCGGUAUGUGCGACAGUCCCUCCUUCCAUGUCGUCACCCGCACAAGGCCGGAUUAUUUGACCACUGCCCAGAGUAAAUCCAUUGAUGAUACCAUCGAUGCCAUACUGGGUCCCUACUGUAUUUCGACGGCGGAUAUUCCCCUGCAAGCCCACAACUCCAGUGUACCAUACUGUCCUUUCUUGGAUGACCUUCCUCCCUGUAUUCAAGGGGUUGUGACAGGCCUCACAAAUGAGGUCGCAAAUACUAUCAGCAACUAGUCGGCGCAUCUGUGUUAUAUGCAGUGUGAAACCGCAGGCUAUUGUAAAUUAUGUCGGACGUUAAAUCAGUUUUAAUUUUUUAAAAGUCUAUAGCUGAUUGCAACUGCCGUUAAGGCUUUGUAGUCACCGCACCGGUAUAGGUUAUAUAUAUAUUACUGCGAUACCUGACGUAGGUUUUCUUGCUUUUCGACUUUCACUCGCUACUCUCUCGUCCUUUGUUUGGUGAUGACUGAGUUUGUUCCUUAAAUCAAGCCAGAACAUAAAAAAAAUUUUGCAGCG